CCCUGGCUUCCCGCCUCGAUCUCCUCUCCUCUGCCGCCUCUGCUGCACCACCUCUUCCUCUCUCUCUCCGCACGGUGCCACGCUCAGAGCAGUGCGGCUUGGCCACGCCAGGCGCGCUUGCUGCGGACUUUGCUGCUCCGGCGGAAGCAUAUUGCCGGGCUGCGGCCAAGCCAGCCACCUAGGCGACUGGAGCUCAGCACGAAGUCAUCGUCCUCGACAUGGCCGCUCCUCGCGCCUCCUCGUCGGCGCAGGCGGGCAGCAGUAUGGCAGCGCCCGGCGGCGGCGUAGCUCAGGCCGGCCCGCCGCCGCCCGACGCUCUGUCGCUGCUCUCGGCCGCUCUCUCGGCGCCGUCGCCGGCCGCCGAGGAUGCGGCGCUCGAGCAGCUGUACGAGGUGCUGCAUGCGGCACCGGGCAACAUCCCGCCGCUGUUCUCCUCGCUCAUCGGCCUCAUUCCGCGUGCUGGGCCGAGCAUGACCACCUGGGUGCUGCGCGUCUGCAGCCUCGUCUUCUGCCGGCCGAGCUUGAAUACGCAGACGAAGCUUCAACUGGCACCUCAGGUCCCAGAGACGCUGCUGCACUACCUCUCUUCCGGGCCUUCACCGCCAAGCAACACGACCAAGGUAGCGAUUGAGGUCUUCACCUCGCUCUACCCUCUGCUCUUCCGUCUGUGCUGCGAGGCGCCGCAGAACCCGGCGCUGGCGCGCGCAUGGAGCGCCAUCGAGCAGCUCAAGGCGCGCACUGCGGCUGCCUACGACUCAAUCGCACCGGCGGGAAAGGCGGGCACUGGUGUGCGCAUCGCGGUGUUCAAAUUCUGGCAGCGGGCUGUUCUGGUGGGCACACGGGCGGCGAAUGACCCACGAAACAUGACGCCGAAGCACCACGAUGCGAACCUGCUCAUGAUCCCGCCGAACCACCCCUUCCUGAAUGUGGCCAACCUCGAGCAAGAGGCGAACAAGUAUCUCACGCAGCUCAUCACUGUCGUCUUCACCUCAGCCAACUGCACGCUUAUCACUGCCGCGCUGAACACGCUGGCUCUGCUGGCCAAGGCGCGGCCCACGCUCUCGCCGAUCGUGCUCGAGGCACUUACGUCCUGGACGCCCGUGGCCCUCGCUGGACGUCCGCACCACGAGAUCCGCAAUGCCGAGAAGACGCUGCGCGUGCUUUUCUUCCACUUCCACCCGGAGCGCAACAGCUACGCAGGCGCACACGCGCAGCAGCUCGUCGAUGCCAUUGCGCGACAGCGAGCCAGGAUGGAGGUGGCUGCGCGGGAGGACGCGCAGCGGCGACUGGCUGCCAAGACAAAGGCCGACGGGAAGCGGAAGGCAGAGGAGGGCAAGCCGAAGCGCAAGAAGGUCAGGUGGUCCGACUUCGACGACGCUGGCGAGGGGAGCGAUGCACCGACGCCGCCUGCUGCUGCGCCACCAGCGGCAGCUGCGCCUGCGCCAGCUCCUGCCGCCGUGCCCAAGGUCGAGCCCGUUGCAGCACCUGGGCCAGCGCCUGUGAUCCCUGCCGGUCCGAGCCAUCCUGCACUGGACGUGUCGAUUGGCGCUCAGGCGUUCGCAGCAGCAGCGGCGCAGCCCGGACGCGCAAAUCCGCUGUCAAUGUUCAACGCAGCCAGCCUCGAGGCGCACCUCGUCAUUGAGCUCACGCUCGCGAGUCUGAGCGAGCUGAACCCGGCGAUCUUGGCUGAGGCGAUCGAGCGUACGCGAUCAGGCAUCAUCCGCGCCGCUUCUGGCGCUCCGCCGCCUCUCAUGGGCUUUGGUGCGGCUCCAGGUCCGCCACCGGGGCCGCCGCCGGGGGCACCUCCAUCGAUGCCGCCAGCCUUUGCUGCUGCCGAGCAGUCGCAGACAAACGGCGCAGGGGGCAGCGCGCUCAACCCUCUGCAGAUUGACGUCGACGAGGACGAGCUGGCUCUGACAGGCGCGCCUGAGCCCGCCAACGACGGGCCGGCAGAGGGCAGCAAGUCCGGCGCAGGCUCCUCAUCCGAGUUUGCUGCGCUGGAAGGCUUCGUCCUGCCGCCGCCAGAGCGUUUGAGUGAGGCCGAGACACGUGGUCUCAUCCACGACACCGUCUCGAACAUGUGCGAGAUGGGCGUGGCGGGCAUGGCACCGCGCUUCAUCACCGUGGAGGAGGAGGCUGCGCAGGCACAGGCCGGGCCGAGCGUCACAGGCGAUGCCGACCGCGCGCUUUGGGCUACGCUGGUGACUCGACUGGCCACGCGCGCUUUCGCCGAUACAUCUGCGUAUCUCGGUGAAGAUGGCGCCGAGGGCAAAGGCAAAGGGCGCGAGGUUGCCGAGGCCGAGGGCACCGUCGGCGCGCACGCAGACGCCGUGCGCGCCUUGAUGCUCGGCUUCGUGCGGGCCGACUUCCAGAACCGCAUCGCCUUUGCGGCGCAGUGGAUGGCCGAGGAAUGGCACUGCGAUGCCAUGGCACGCCGGCGACACGCAAAGCAGCGCGACACCUCGGCGGCAGCUGACGAAGCGCCCAGCUCCAACUACGAACGCUGGCUGAGCCGGCUCGUGCAGGAGGUGCUGCCUGUGAUUGAGGGCGACGACAAGGCCCUGCAGCGCCUGCUCGCCGAUGUGCCGUCGAUCCCCUCAUCCGUCAUCGAAGUCCUGCGAGAGCUGUGCGUCGACCGAACACGCAUGCGCGUCGGCUUCACGAUUCUGCGCGAGGUCGCGCUCGUGCGGCCGCCGUCUCGCCAGGCCGCCAGCAGCAUCCUGCUCGACCUCACACGCAGCGCCGACAAGCCCACGCGCAACGCCGCCAUCAUCACUGUGCGCGGCUGGGUGGGCCAGUCGCCGGCACUCGAGGGCUACGUGCUGGAGCAGGCUCGCGAAGGACUGCGCAUCAUCUCGGGGCCUGCACCGGAGAAGCCUGUGGACGCGGCCGCCGAGGGCGAAGACGAACAGAUGGAAGCCAAGGAAGAGGCUGCGGAGCAGCCCGUCAAGUCCGAGGCGUCGGCUUCUUCUCCGCCGCAAGCGAACGGCGCAUCCUCUGCGCCUGCAUCCGACGACACAGCGGCGGCAGCAGCAGACGCCAAGGCGGAGCCUGCUGCGCCAGUGUGGGACGAGGCCGACGUGCUGCGGCAUGUGCAGCUCCUGUUCGCGCUCUGCAUCAAGGUGCCGAGUCUGCUCGACGAGAUCUUCGCGGCCUAUCCGAGCAUGCUGCCAUCGGCGCAGUCCGCCGUCGAGCUGCACAUCGCCGACCUCAUCAAGUCGCUCGGCCCCAAGCACGAGGGCCUGCUGAACUGCCUGCGCAACUUCCCCGAGGGCGCCGACGGUCUGGCUCUGUGCGCCUUCACGGUGCUCACGGAGAAGGGCCGGCCAGGCAAGCUGGUCAAUCUCGUCAAGAAGCUUGUCGAGGAGCGCAACGUCGACCCGCGCUUCCUGGUGCCAAUCAUGCCUGAUCUGAGCAAGGAUGAGAUCAAGAAGUCGCUGCCACGCGUCGUGACGAUGCUCAAGUCAGGCAAGCCCGAGGACCGCGCGUUGAUCAAGUCGCUCUUUGCCUCCGUCGUCGUGGCGCCAGCUGCAGGCUUCGGCAGCGUGUCGACGAACCUGCCGCGCGUCCGUGCCGGCUCGCUGCUCACGGCCGUCGAGCUCAUGGUGCUGCUGGCGCACUCCGAGACGGAGAUCGGCAUCAAGGCCACCGUCGACGCGGUGCGCAUCUGCUUCGGCAUGCCCGACAUCUUCCGCAGCGAGGUCAUUGGCGCCGUGCUCAACCAGAUCGUCGAGGAGCCAGUGCUGCCAAGCAUCUUCAUGCGCCUCGCCAUGACGGCAGUCUCGACCUACAAGUCGCUCUCGAACUACGUCUCGGCCAAUCUGCUCACGCGGCUCAUCACCAAGAAGGUCUGGACGACGCCGCUGCUCUGGGACGGCUUUGUGCUCUGCGCACGGCAGACGGCGCCCGGCUCGUUUGGCGCGCUGAUCCAGCUGCCCAAGGAGCAGCUGAGCGACGUGCUGCGCCGGCAGCCCGUGCUGCGCGACGGCCUGCGCGAGUAUCUCGAGAAAAAGGCGGGCGGCAACAAGGCACGCCUGGCCGAGUUCCUCAAGAUCCUCGGCGACGAGCCGGAGAAGUCUGACGAGGCGGCCGCGCAGGGCAAUCUGCCCGGCAGCGGAGCCUCGACGCCGAUGGCCGCGGUCGGCACGCCUAGCGCCGAGCCGUGACAGCCGACAGUAACGCAAAUGCAAUGUUUGGCAGCACCCUCUGCGCCGCAGCACUC